CGGAUGCAAAAGGGAAAAUGGCGGGAAAGGAGGAAGCGAAGCGUGGAGGAGGGUGGAGCGAAGAGGUGUGCUGGAGAAAGCAAGUCCACGAUAACCUAAGCAGGCUCCAUUCUCUUCUCUUCGGAGCCGAACUCGCCGUCGAGAGGCACGACUUCUCCUCAGCUCAGGUCCUCGGGCUUCGUCUCCUCGGCUUCCUCGAAUCCCAGUCUCAUUCUCAACUCGACCAUGCCUUCGUCCGCCCCAUUCGCCGCGAAACCGUCUCCAAGCUCGACGCCUCUCGCCGAGCUCUCAUUCCUCAUUCUGAUCGCAAAGCCUUUGAGCAAGCAAAGAAAGCUCCGGGGUGUGUUUUUGGCACCAAUGGAGAUAUUGACAUUGAGAAGAUUAAGCAGUCAAAGUACUUUCAGGCUCUUCUUCAUCAGUCUAAUAAUGGAAGGGUUGUAAAUGAUUUGGGAGAUCAACUGGAGAGGCAGGACAAGUUGACUUCCAAGUUAUCAAAACCUCUGGCACAAACAAAGUUGACAUCGUUGUACAAAAACAACUUCAUGAUGGAAAGUAAUGGUAAAUCCAAGAGUUCUUGGGGCUCUAGAAGUAACAGCUCUGAUGACUGCACUAUUGUAGAAAAGCUUCACUCUUAUCACAACCGUAAUGACGGUCACAGUGCCUUAUCUUUUCAAAAAGUUGAAGAGGAAGAAAAAGCUUAUGGGAACACCUUGAGGGCUAAACGUGCACACAAGGAGUUUACUAGCCCCAUUAUUGAUAAUGCAAAGUCCCCAUCAAGCAAUGAAGAUGUUAAAGCUGAUGGUUCUAGCCAUAGCUUUGUUACUGCCAAAGCAAAAUUGGAAAUGGAUGCAAGACAAAGAAGAGGGUUAGCGGGUUCACCAAAUGCUUGUGUCUCCCCUCAAAGUGAUAACAAUGCUACUAAUAGGGGAUAUAGUACGAGAUCAUAUGGCUAUUCACGCCGCGGUGCCCGUGGUAAUUUUGUUCCACCUAUUAAAUCUAAUGAGGGCAAUGUUGGGAAUAUGACUUCACGAGUAGCUGGAAAGUCAGAUGAUACAUUAGGUGACUCAACUAAGAAAUGUUUGGAAAUGCUCUGUGGUCCUGAUGGGGAGCUUCCAGAAAAAUUGAGGAACUUGGAACCUCGUCUUCUUGAACAUGUUAGUAAUGAGAUCAUGGACAAGGAUCCAAAUGUUCGAUGGAAUGAUAUUGCUGGUUUGGAGCACGCUAAAAAAUGUGUGACUGAGAUGGUCAUAUGGCCACUAUUACGUCCUGACAUUUUUAAAGGUUGUCGUUCUCCUGGAAAAGGUCUUCUUCUCUUUGGUCCACCAGGAACAGGAAAAACAAUGAUUGGGAAAGCCAUAGCUGGAGAGGCAAAGGCAACCUUUUUCUACAUAUCUGCCAGUUCAUUAACAAGCAAAUGGAUUGGUGAAGGUGAAAAGCUAGUGCGGGCCCUUUUUGGAGUUGCGAGUUGUCGUCAGCCAGCUGUAAUUUUUGUUGAUGAAAUUGAUUCACUUCUCUCACAGCGUAAGUCAGAAGGUGAGCAUGAAUCAAGUAGACGACUUAAAACACAGUUCCUCAUUGAAAUGGAAGGCUUUGACAGUGGCAGUGAGCAAAUUCUUCUUAUAGGAGCAACGAAUCGACCCCAAGAACUGGAUGAAGCAGCACGGAGGCGACUUACCAAGAGGCUUUAUAUUCCCCUGCCUUCAUCAGAAGCAAGAGCCUGGAUCGUGCAGAAUAUCUUAGACAAGGAUGGAUUAUUCAAACUUUCAAGGGAGGAUAUUGAUAGCAUAUGCAAUUUAACUGAAGGGUACUCAGGAUCAGACAUGAAAAACUUAGUGAAGGAUGCCUCUAUGGGUCCACUAAGAGAGGCUCUGAAACAAGGCAUAGAAAUAACAAAGCUGAAAAAGGAGGAUAUGCGGGCAGUCACUGUUCAGGACUUCGAGAGUGCAUUGCAAGAGGUAAGGCCCUCUGUUUCGUUGAACGAGCUUGGUACGUAUGAGGAAUGGAACAAGCAAUUUGGAAGCUUGUCAUUGUAGGAAUCUGUCUGUAUAUUUCUGAAACAAGACAGAACAGGAAAAACAAAAGCAUCAAUCAAUUAUUAUUUCCAACUUACUACAAUUGAAGGCCUCCCGGACAAUACCCUAGCAUAGCAACAAUAAUCGGCAAAUAGCAGUUGCUUUAAAUAGGAACUUGGACCUACCAAUUGCAUUAGAUUCUCGCUUGUUCUGAAAUAAGACAUUUUUAUUAUUUUUGUAUAUAAAUGAAACGUUUAAGG